AAUGUAGCUCAAGCCGUCCCGUUAGAUUCAAAAUCCGAUACCAGAGCAUCAUCACCACCAGAUUCUUUGGUGGUUUCACACUGUAUACCGAUUACCCGAUUUAGAAAGAGGUUAAUUCAACCACAGCAGCAACAAAGUCUGAAGUGCCCGGAUGAUUUCUAUUCUUUUGACAGAUUUGAGUGAUUCUGAAUAUUUUUUUCUUUUGUAUGGUGAAUAAUGAUUGAGUACUUGUAUACAUAGGUAGUAUAUGCCAAUGGUGUUGCGCGGGUAAAAAUACAAGCAAAAAAAUAUUAAUAUGCAAAACGUUUAAAGGUUUGCCGCGUCGAAGCCUACGAGUGUACGCGCAUGCGCCUAAUGUUAUCAGCUGACUUUUUGUCUACUAACAAUAACGAGGCAAAUUCUAGUUUUAAAGUUGUUUAUUUUAUGAAUAAGUUGAUUAUGAUGGAAUAUGGGAACGUUCAAUGACCUGAUAUUAAUAUGACAUAUAUAUAUAUAUUAAAAUGUGAUCGAAAAAUAUAAUAAAUCGUGCUUCCAAGUGUUUGAUCUGAUAAAAAAUUUGUAUAUUGCUGUUAUCAAUAGAAAGCAAUAUUGUAAAAUGCCUUUUACAGCUGAUGCUGCAGCACAUCAAAUACAAGAAAGACUUAAAAGUAUAUACCAAUUAGUUCAUGACAUUGAAAAAGCAAGAAAUCAUUCUGAAGUUAAUUUAAAUAAUAUUACAAAAACUCAUGAAAAAGUCAAUCCUGAUGAAAAAAUUUCCUCUUUCUACCAGCAAAAAUUAAAAAGCAUUUAUAACUUAGCAGUAGUUGAUGCUCAGAAGGAAGAAGAGUUACUGAGGAAAGCUUUGGAAAAAAUUAAUGAAAUUAGGUUGAUCAGAAAUGAAAGGAGAAUACAAGCACGAAAUGCAGGAAAUAAAGAGACUAUUAGACGAGGUGCACUAAUGAAAAUGUUACUUAGUACAGCACAAACUCUGCCUUUACACGUUGGAAAAUCACCAGGUGUAAAAGCACCACCUCUUUGUGGUGCUAUACCUGCAGAAGCCACUUAUAUAGCUAAAAUGGGUGAUAUGGUGGCUGCUUUGGUGAAAGGCUCUGAAGAUGAAGAAAACUGGAUCCUAGCAGAAGUAGUGCAUUUUAAUUCUACAGCCAAUAAAUAUGAAGUAGAUGAUAUUGAUGAGGAGCAAAAGGAUAGGCAUAUUCUAUCUAGACGUAGAGUUAUUCCUCUACCUCUAAUGAGAGCUGAUCCUGAAACAGAUCCACAUGCACUGUUUCCAAAGGGAUCAAUAGUUAUGGCUUUAUAUCCACAGACGACAUGCUUUUAUAAAGCUGUUGUAAAUCAUUUACCAACAACAGCACAAGAAGAAUAUGAAGUACUUUUUGAAGAUGCCACAUAUGCUGAUGGAUACUCACCUCCACUGAAUGUUCCACAACGCUACGUUAUUUCUAUUAAAGAAAGUAAGAAGAACAAAAGCCAAUCAUAAUUUCUAAGAAUUUCAAAUGUUAUUUAUAUUUUGUGAAAUGGUACGUAAAUUAUUUUUUUUAAUAAUGAUAUUAUGUAAACGGAGUUUUGACUUUGUUGAAUCUGAGGAAAUUUUAUAAACCUUGAGUUUGAAUAAAAAUUCAACUUUAUUGUUGAAUUUAAUAAUGUGCUAUUAAUGAACCAUAACCAUGAAAAAUGAAAAAUUCUUUUCCAUAAUAAUGUUUUAAUUUAAAUGACGUGAUCUUAUUAUGAUAAAACUCAAUUUGAAUUAAUUUAUAUGACUUAUGUCAUUAAAAUUUUAAAGAAUGUCCAUCACAAAAAAAGCGUAUUAAUCGCAAUCGACGUCAAUUUUAUUUAUUUUUGAAUACUUAAAAUCACAAUCGUUAACGAAAGAAGAAAUAUCCAUAAUCAAAAAUUUUUCAGUUUUUCCGCAGUGAUAAUUUUGGUCGUUAUACACGAAUAGUUUUAAUGGGUGGCUGUUAAUGUCAUCGAUUUAUUUAGAAUAAUAAGGAUGUUCGAUAAAAAUUUUAAUUUACUGUACGCAUAAAAAAAUGUGGCUUCAGAUUGUAAAUAAAUUAAAUCUCGUUAUUUUGAACAAUUAUAAAUAAAUCUGAAAUUUUCUUCUGUGGAACGCCAUUCACGAUAAAGUUUACACGCGAUC